AUGGCAAUCCCAAUUGAUGAUGAGAAGCAUGUGACGUCGUUUCCAGCACCGUCAACAAGUGAAGUUGUAAAUAGUGCAUCCCCAACUGCUUUAACACAGUUAGAUGAUAACUAUGCCUUAUUCCAAGAUGCUAGGGACAUGGAGGUUGAUCCCGAAGAAGCAAAACGAGUACUUCGAAAGAUUGAUAUGCGACUCAUGCCCAUUCUCUUCUUUACAUAUAUGUUGCAGUAUCUAGACAAGAAUUCGAUCAACUUCUCAAGUGUCUCAAUAUUCUACUUUGGUUACCUAUUCUUCCAAUUUCCAUCAGGCUAUGUUCUUCAACGCCUUCCUAUUGGGAAAGUCCUCUCCCUAACCACCAUCGCUUGGGGAGUCAUCCUCAUCACCACCCCAGCAUGCGUCUCAUUCGGCGGAAUAGCCACGAACCGAUUCCUCCUCGGAGCCGUUGAAGCAACCGUAAACCCGGGCUUCGUCCUCCUAAUGUCCAUGUGGUACACAGCAGCCGAACAACCCCUCCGACUCGAAAUCUACUACUGCACCAACGGCAUCGCCACCAUGUUCGGAGGCCUCAUCGGCUACGCCAUUGGUAACAUUACCUCCGGUCUCCCAAAAUGGAUGUACGUCUUCCUGAUCUUCGGCGCCCUCUCCAUCACCUGGGGCAUCAUCUCCUUCAUCACCCUCCCGGACCUCCCCUCCACCGCCACAUUCCUCACGCCCCAUGAACGACUCAUCGCCAUCAACCGCGUAGCCUCUAAUCGUCAAGGCGUCAAAAACCGCCACUUCCAAACCUAUCAAGCAUGGCAAACGUUCCAAGAUCCCAAAACAUGGAUCCUAUUCGUCAUGGCCGUCGGUGCACAGGUUCCAAACUCCGCCCUCACAUCCUUCACAUCCAUCAUUGUCGGAACCUUCGGUUUCGACACCCUCGGUACCCAAUACCUGCAAAUUCCCGGCGGCGCAGUUCAGUUCUUGGCUCUGAUGGCUGGUGGAUAUAUUUGCACCAAGUUCCCGCGCAAUUCCCGCUGCAUCACGAUGAUUGUCGCUAAUACAAUUUGUAUUCUCGGUGCGGGUUUAUUGGUUGGUCUUCCGAGUAGUAAUAAAUGGGGAAGAUUGGUAGCGUUGUGGUUGUGCUAUUUUCAGGGAUUGGGAUUCAGCAUGAGUCUUACGAUGGUGAGUAGUAAUAUCGCGGGUUAUACGAAGAAACAGUUGACGGCGGCGGUGCUGUUUACGGGAUAUUGUGUGGGGAAUAUUAUUGGACCGCAGACUUUUAUUAAUAGUGAAGCUCCCGGAUACCACUCAGCAUACAUAGCAAUGCUAGUAGGCUACUCAGUCAAACUGGCAAUGGUAGUCGUGCUAUAUAUCUACAUGUACACGAGUAAUAAAAAGAGAGAUGCAGAGCAAGCGGCGAGAGGAGAGGCGAGCGAAGAGGAAGAAAGAGAGGCGGUCGAGAAGGGUAUGAAGGAUAUGACGGAGAUUGAUAAUAGGGGGUUUAGAUAUAUUUUGUAG